AUGGAUCUUUUCAUGGAUGUUACAAAAAAUUCUGAGGAACCGCAGUGGCUUGAAAGUAAAGUGAUAGGAAACCUGAGAGUUUGGCAAAUUAUGUUUCUAUGCUUCGCCAGUAUCACCACUAUAAUAGUCAUGGUGUGCUGUUGUUUUCGCUUUCGCAUCCCUCGCACGAAGCAGCAGAUAGAAGCAGACUAUCAAAGACGAAAGAUUACCAAUAAAUUCCGUGCAGAGUUGGAAACUAUACAAGAUGCUAAAAUGGAUGCUAUGUCUUUAAAAGACGCAUUGGACCUACUUCAUGAAAAGAAAUCUCACGAAAUGGAGGAAGAGAACCAACCAGGAUCACAACCCAGUUCUAUCGUGUCUCCACAACAAAGUUCACUAGAUGCGUCGUUCCAGCCUGAAAGUGGUCAAAAACCGGAGCCCCAAGCAUCAGGACUCAGCUUCGUCAAGUUUGCAUCAAAAGUGGCCACAGUAUCCAAAUUAGGCCAGCCAAAAUCGCCAACAUCACCUACACCAUCAUCAUUGAAUAAAAUGGAAUUUUAG